CGUCCCCGCUCACGUACAAUACAGGGCCUUCUCUCCAAAAUGGCUCUGCCCCUACCUUUACGUAGUGGUGGCCCGCACAUGUAUGUGUGGAUGGCGGUGCGUGUGCGUGUGCGUACGCGUUUUCAUCCCGACUUGGGUCAACGGUGGUGUGCCGUGCCGUCACCCGCCCGCCCAUCCGCCCUCCAAGCGCGCUCGAGGUGUCCCUCUCCUAGGAGCAUUUUUAUUAUUUUUUCCCGUUGUCGUCGUGUUUUUUUUUUUUUUUUGAUAAUCGCGUCGAACGCGCCGUCGCGUUCUUUUCCCGCGAGAUAACGGUACGCACCUCGCACGUCAACGGUGUUUUCGUACGAUCGUCACCGUCAAUGUCGAUCCCGAUCGUUCGGGAAACGACCGAAAUCUUCCGGAGGAUCGUUUUUUUUUUCCACCCUCGGAAACCGGGGGAUGCGAAUCUACGACCCGUUUGGCGGUCCGGACGCGCGCGCCGUACGAUCGCACGUUAUUAAAAUAUAUAUAACGAUGACGACAAGAGGACCGCGGCGCGCGCGUCUCGAGAAAGUACAGGCGGCCGAUUUUUAUAAAAUAUUUCCGUACCGAUAAGUAGGUCUUGCGGCAUAUGAUAGUCACAUCCUGGUUCUUUAGAAUAAUACAAUUUUUUUUUCCAUUCCGUUCCUCCGCUCAUUAUACACGCGACUGGAUAGUAGAAAGUGAAAGCGUGUACGUACGGUUUGUGAGACCGUCUACUAUAGUAAUAAUAAUAUAUAUUUUAUAUUUUUAUUAUUACAUUGCUGGCAAGCGAGUGUGUGUGUGUGUGUGUGUUUGUUUGCGAGAAUUGUACGUACGCGUGUGCGUUUGGGGCCCUGUUAGCCUGCGCACGAUUUAUUUUUUGUAAAAACUCAUUCCGACGCGUGUGCGUUUCUCGGGACGUGUUUAUGACAAAUUCGAGAAAAACCUGUGGGACGGACGAGAGUAAAUUUUUGCCGACGUUGUCUCGCGUCGACGUUUUUUGGAUUUUUUCGUUGUUCUCGGCGCCGCUUACAAAACGAACAAUGGUGUAGUAAUGAUACCGUUGUAGAAUUCUUAAGUACCAAUCACGACGACAUCAUAACGUCCAGUCUAAAACGAAAAGGUACUCUUUCCAAUCGACCAGAUAAUUUUGUCGUUUUCCGUCGUCGUCAUCCACUUCCGGAAAACUAGUAUCUGACGACGACACCGCUGUUUCUCUCUACGAGAUUCAUUAAAGUAUGAAUACUGGAAGUUAUCCUACAUUUGUGACCGCUGCGCCGGCAACUUCAUUUAACACCUGUUCAAGCGCAAACAUGACUCAAGUGAAUGCAGGAAACAAAUAUACAAAUGUUCAACAGCAAACUGAUACGUCUAACGCUAAUACAGUAGUUAAUACUUCUAAUACUAGUGGACAAGUUGUUGCAUUGUUGAACAGUGAUGAAGCAGGUGUAACUUACUUAAGGCCUGUGGAUUCAAAUGGUUUUGCUGUAAAUUUAGCUGGAGUUGGAUCAUCUAAUCAACAAGGACAAAUAUUUACUAUUCCCAUAACUGUUCCUGGUUCUAAGCCUGGAGAACAAAGCCAAACUAUACAAAUUCAAGUAGUUGGGCAAGGUGGUAUAUCUGGUGAUAAAUUGUUGCCUGUUUUUGGUCCAGUAUUACAACUACAAUAUAGUAAUCAACAACAAGAUAAUGGAACCAUUCAACUUCAAUUACAGCAAGAAGGUGAUGUUUCUAAUGACCAAAUACAUAACAACAACAAUGAUUCAAUGCAAUCGUCUGAUUUAUUGCAAGACGUUCAAGAAGAGCAAGAUAUGAUACAAGAUGUCAAACCAGUAAUUAUCGAACAAAGCGGCACAGAUAGUAAUGGUUUACCAUUCCCAUUAGCAGUAGUGGUAAAUCAAGACAUGGUUGUGCGGCGUAAUCAGCAAGAUAACAAAAUAAUUGGCGAUCAAAAAGAUAAUCAGGCAGACAAACGAUUAAGAAUUCAAAAUGAACAAGAUCCAGCAAAUCAAUAUGUUAUGACUUAUUCAUCUAAUUCAAAUAAUUCUGUUUCAUUGGCUGAUUAUAUAUCAAUGAAUCACGAUAAUAUACCUCUUGGACAUUUUUUAAAAUUUUCUCCUGAUAAUAAUAAAAGAGAUAGUAUGGAAUCAUCUGGUAACCAAGAUGAUGGCAAUAGUGAAAUGGUAGUUUAUGAAGAUGCUAAUAAUGGGGAAAAGGGUAAAAGAAAAAAAAAAUACAAAAAGAAACCACCAGCUGCUCGGAAACCAAGACCUGGUCAAAUACAUAUCGCAACUGCCUUAGAUGGUACACUUCUAUUUUGUUGUCCAGAAUGUAGUAUGGCUUACCCCGAUAAAGAAAUGCUUGAACAACAUUUAGUUGCUCAUAAAAUAGAAAGAAGAUUUAUAUGUGACCUAUGUGGUGCUGGACUUAAACGAAAAGAACAUCUUGAACGACAUAAAUUAGGUCAUAAUCCAGAGCGCCCAUUUGUUUGUAAUGUUUGUUGUAAAGGUUUCAAAAGAAAAGAACAUUUAAAUUUGCAUGCUGUGAUCCACUCAGGUGUAAAAACUGAAGUAUGUCAGGAUUGUGGUAAAGGUUUUUAUCGACGAGACCAUUUAAGAAAACAUACUCAAAGUCAUAUUACUAAACGUUUGAAAGAAGAACACGCAGCUCUUCAACAAAUGGCAGAACAAGUAACAGUAUCAGAUCGUCAAAAAAUGUCCGUCCCGGAGCUUAUCCAAAAUCAAAGUCAUUCAGGACCAAUCAUUAACGUGGCCCACCAAGAAAUGAUAAUUGAUGCUGUUGCUAGCGGAAGACACAAUAGCCCUACCCCUCCAAGUGAUCAUCAAAUUGUCAUCACCAAAGGCAACCAAAAGCUUACUGAACAAGAGUUGAUUAUACUGCAGCAGCAGCAACAGCAGAUUCAACAACAGCAGCAGCAACAACAACAGCAGCAGCAGCAGCAGCAACAACAACAACAACAACAAUUACAACAGCAGCAGCAACAACAACCAAAUAGUCCUAAUAUAGCCCAACAAGAGAUGAUCAUUGAGGCUGUAGGGCAACAACAUCAUAGCCCAUCUCCACCACAUGUAGAACACCAUCAAGUAGUUAUUACUAAACUAGAACCAACAGAUGAUUCAAGAGAAAAUGAAAGUAUUGUUUUGACUCAGUCUGAUGCUAGAGAAGCACUUGGUUUACUACACCAUCAAUCUCAAUGACCUAUACUUUCAAUUGCCAAGGUGACAAUUAAACAGAAGCCACCAUAAUAAUGCAAGUAUACUAUUGAUAAUCUAUACAAUCGUUUCCUAAAAGUCAUUUGAUCUAAAUUCAAUGUUAACAUAUAAUACUAUUUUUAAAUUCUACCAAAAAUAACUUCCAUUAUUUUUUUUUACAAUUAUAUAGAAACAGUCGUGCUCAAUAAAUUGUAAAUAAUAAAAUUUAUAUGAAUGACAUUGCUUUUGCACGAACAGCAAAUAAUUUUGUAGUUCAAUAUUUUAUUAAUAUAAUCAUAUUAUAUUUUAUCAUUUCUGACUGUCAAAAGUAAAUGUCAACAAAAAUUUUCCGUUAACCUAGCCUAUUUAUUAUAUUGAAGCAUAAUAUUAUUUAAGAUCGUCAAAUUAUAAUAUUUUAUUAUUACUAUCAUAAUUUUAAUAUUAUUAUUGAAUUUUUAAUAUAUAUAUAUUGGUUAAAUAGAAGAUUGUGAGGAGAAAAGACUCAUUAUUGCUUGUUUCAAAUAAAUAGGGGAUAAAACAAAAAAACCAAUCUUGCUCAUCCUCCUUCAUUUGUUGAAGAUAUACAAUUCAUCCCAUUGACAAAAUUUAAACCUAAAAUAUAGAUAAAUAAACUGCAGUACUAAAAGCAGAAUAAUAGACGAUAUAUUUUUUAUUUUUUUAAAUUUUAAAUCAUUAAGGUAAUUAAAAUUAUUAUAUAAAAACUGUAUAGUCUAUUUUAUUUAUAACGAAAUUGUAUAUUUCUAACUUUCAUUAUUGAAUGAAAAUAUUGUGUAAACAUGUUAUUUUUAUUUUUUACUAAACAUUUUAUUGUUUGUUAUAUUAUUAUUAAAAUAUUUAUAUCUAAACUAUAAUAAUAACAUAUUUUAGUUUAUUAACAAAAAUUUAAAUAUAAAUGUAGCAUGCUCUACAUUUUUAAAUUAAAUUAUUUAUAAAACAAUAUGAUAUAUUUUUUAAUUUAUUGGACAGUUAAUAUGUACAUUUCCUAUUAAUGCUUGAUAGUUUCAUUUUUUUUUUUUAUGUUUUAUUUUAUUAUAACUUUUUUAACCACAUUCUUUAAUAGAAGCCUUACAUUAUCAAUACAAUUAGUUUUAUAUUAAAUAAUUGAUUUAAAUUAUGUUUGAUACUAUAAUUGACCAAAGUUUGGUAAAUUACAUAUAUUUUAUUACCAAAUAUAAUUAAAAGUUAAGUAUAUAAUUUUUUAAAGAAUUGUAAAUUAACGCUUUUAAAAACAUCUAAUACAUUAUUUUUUUUUAAGUAAGCACUGUGAUAAAAAAAAAACUAAAUUUAAUUUAUGUCUAUGGCUUUUCUGUAAUGUCUUUAAGAUACCAGAUAUUUAAUUAUGUGAUAAGUCGUAGUUUCCAUACAUACAUAUAAUAUGUAUAUGUAUGUAUGUAUACUCAUGCAUAUUUAUAAACAAUGUACACUAUGAUUUUAGAAAUUUAGCAAUAAUGAUUUGAUUUGAGGGUAAAAUAAUACAAUGUUAGUUUAUUUAUGUUCACAAUAAGUUAAGUAAUUUUAAUGUAAUAUAAGAAAGCCGUUAUUUUGUAUUAAGAUUAUUUUUUGUUUUUGUUAUGUUGUCAAUUAAAUUGUCUAAACCAAAAAAAAAAAAAAUGUAAUUCACUUACUACAUAAUAUGUUUAAUAUUCUAUAAUUUUAAAUAUGAACUAUGUGAUAAGUUACAGUGUAAAUAGAGGUGCAUAUCAUCAUCUAGAUCUUAAAGUGUUAAAACAAAAAUGACAAUAUUUUUUUUACUUGAUAUGAAUUUUUAUACAGCUAUUUUUGUUAGCCAUAUGAAUGAGGACAAUUUCACAUAUUUUUUAGUUAAAAUUUCAGCAAAAUUAAAUGUUAUUAACUAUUAAUUACUAUCACUUUUAUAUUAUUUAUGUUAACAUUUAUACUUAUGUGUAAGGAAUGUUUUGUAUUGUAUAAACAUAAUACAUUAAUUUUGUUGGUUGUAUGGGCUAGGUUAAUUCAUUUUUAUUUAAUUCAGUUUACAUUAUAAUUUGUCUUAAUAUUUUUGGUUAAACGGUUUUAAAUAAUACAUGCAUUUAUUAUCAAUGAUUAACAACAUA